GGAGUGGAAGACAGUGUGGUGGUGGCAGCAGGAGCUGGUGAGGGUGCUGCUCCCACGGAACAGGAGGCUGCUGCUGGAGGUGACAAACCUCAGGGAGAAGAAAAGGAGAUUGAUGUUUCUCAGACCGUCGAGGAGCAGAGUGUGAGUGGCUGCGCCGUUGCGUUGGGCCUCAGGAGAACAGUGUGUGACUGUGUCUCGAGCAUCGUGCGUGGCCGUUGGCAGAAAGCAGCCUCCUGGAGAGCAGCAGAGCAGCAGGCUGUCUGCGCUAUGGCCGCUGAAGUGCGUUUCUCGCCCCCUGAGGUCCCUGAGCCCACGCUGAUGGAGAACGUGCUGCGCUCCGGCCUCUUCUUUGGAGCCGUUUUCCAGCUGGUGUGCGUGUGGGCCAUAACCCUGCCAGUUCCCAAGUGCCCAGAGACAGACUGGGACGGCUUGGAGUCUAAGACUUGGGAGACGGUGAAGAAACCAAAGGCAAGUGCUGCACAGCUAAGCAAGAAAGCCAAGAAGGAAAGCCAAAAGAAACGGUGAGGGCUUGAGCGCUAAGCCUCCAAGGCCAAAGGAAGCAGCUGGAAUGCUGGCUGAGAGGUGCUCCAAAGGCAGCGCACUGUCCGUCUGGUUUUGUGGCGUGGCCGUGCUUUCCCUUGCCCGGACAUUGGAGAGGAACUGAGGAAGCUGGAAGGGCUUCUGAUGCGCGACCAAGAAAUCGGACUUUGCCUGUGCGGGAUUUCAUGUGUGGCAAGAGCUGGGGACGCUGCAUUCCUUCAGGGUCCUUCAGCUCGAUAGCUGUUUCAGAAUGUUGAUGAUGAGGUGAACUUAGCGCGUGUCGCUGGUCCUGAGCGGUAUCCAGCCUAUUUUAUUGUCUGUUGACGUAUCUACAGAAUGCAACCCAAAUCCCUUAGUUUAAAAUAAAAGGGAAAGAAAGCUUUUAGACCUGGUGCUGCCUCUUUCAGUAGCUGGUCCAAACAUGCCUGGCUUGGGCUGGCAGUGGCAGGGCGAUGAACGGGCCGGCUUCACGUCCCUCCCUGGCGAUGGAGCUGCUUUUCCCGCGUUUCCAUGCUGGUCUUGCCCAGCGGUGGCCUUUCAGCCAAAGCGUAAGUGCGAGCGAAGCGUGUGAGCAUCAGCUUGCUCUGUGAGGCGUGAGAGAAAGAAAAGGAGAGGAAGCAGCGCGCGAGGAAGCCAGGUGUCCCUGCACUCAGCCCCUUGAGCUCGUCCCUCCAGCUUCCCUGGUGGCUUUUUCAGCCUUGUGUAGCACUGACUGUUCCUGCUUGCCCUGGGAAGGCCAGCUGCAGCUG